CUCCCUGUAGGAGACUGUCCGCUACCAGCCCAACCACCCUUAUGGCUUCUACGACAACAGACCACAUAUUCUCUGUCGUGGAGUAUGAGCCAUCCUACUCCAAACCUACCCUGGAGGAGUCACCAGAACAGGAUACUACAGAGCAACCAAAGACAAAAACCACGCCACGAUUGAUUGUAGCCACGAUGAACGUUGUGCUCAUAUCCCCCGAAGAACCGUCGAUGGAACCAUUGAAAACCGCGCCAGCCCUAAACGCGCUCGUCCCGUCCGUCGACAACAACGCCAGCACCCCGCGGGAUUGUGCCAUUUGCUUUGAAACGUUGCAAGCAAAGAACCUGUGUGGCAGCACCACGUGCGGGUCGCGGUUCUGCGACGGCUGCAUCCAAAUGUACCUCCAAAUCAAGAUUCAAGACGGUCAAGUGCGUCGCAUUCGGUGUCCUGGCCUAGGCUGCACUGCCAUCUUGUCUUCGCACCACAUCCACGGCUACGUCCCCACCGACCUUUUCCAGCGGUACCUCGAGCUCAAGGACAAACUCCGCUCCGGUCGCGUGUGUCCUCCAUGUGGGCAGUCUGUGACAUCGUCUGGUCGCAAGAUUCACUGCCAGGCGUGCACAGCCACCACGUGCGGCGACUGUGGCGAACCGUAUCACAUGUUUGCGUGCAAGGACGUGACGUACAAGUCGUGGCGCCAACACACAGAACACGACGUCCGCUCGUGCCCCAACUGCCACGUAGACAUUGAAAAGCACGGCGGCUGCACCCACAUGGCGUGCACGCACUGCGAGUUUGAGUUCUGCUGGCUGUGCCGCGUGUCCUGGGACCGCCACACCGAAGCAAUGUGCAAGCCGCUGGCGUUCCUCGAGUCCGAGUCCUCAUCUCUCGGUCCCAAUGCGCCGAUCCGAGCCGUGACCAAGUCCGUGGUGGUGGUUGCCGCGACGGGCGUUGCCGCCGUUGGCAUCGGCAUCGCAGCGGCGCUCGCACCUCCCGUCCUCCUCUUCAACGGGGUGAAACACCUCUUGCAUCGCCGAAAGCAGGCCAAGACCCUCAAAAAGCUCGAGAAGUUGCGAACCCUCCACGCUUGAUGCGUAACACCGCAACUUCAACCAUGCUGCUUAUUUAUACCCUAAUAUUUAUAUACAAUUAUAUUUGUUUUUUUAUUGGAAA